AUGUUUGUUUGUAUGAUUAUAUUCAGUAUGAGUCUUUUCCAGGCCGUCUCAGUCGAUUGUGUUCCUGGUACCUAUAUGUCUUCAACCCAAUUAGGUGAAUGUCCCCAGUGUGAACCUGGUUCUAUUUCGACAACAAUAAAUGCCACCACGUGUACUCCAUGUGCAGCAGGGUCUAUUCCAAACACCAGUUCUUCUUCUUGUGAUUUGUGCCCAAAAGGGUCUUCCUCAAAAUAUGGGUCAACAGAGUGUACUUUAUGUCCUAUGGGGUCUCACGCAUCAACAGAAGGGUCUUUGUGUGAACAGUGUUGGUACGGUGAAUACUCGAACAAAGUAGGUCAAGCUGAGUGUAAUUUAUGCCCACUGGGAACUUAUCAAAAUUUUCGAGGGACCACUCAAUGUAAAGAAUGUUAUUAUGGGAGGUACGCAGAUACCACUGGGUCGGACUUAUGCACAGACUGUGCUAAAGGUUACUUUGCUUCUGACAUAGGUACUGUUAGGUGCUCUGCCUGUCCAGCUGGAACGUACGCGUCCUCUACUGGUUCUCGAGAGUGUCAACCAUGUAGUCCCAACUCCUAUUCACUUGAAGGGUCUUCAAAUUGUACGUCUUGUACUAACAUUGCAUGUAAUUUAUGUGAAACAACAACAGGAAGAUGUACAUCAUGCAAUCCCGGGUAUUCAUUUUCAGUGAAUAGCAUUUGUGUGAUUUGUAGUGCAGGAUAUUUCUCUACCGGUGGCACGUCAUACUGUUCAUCGUGUCAGAAUGGGUUUUAUGCGUUAGUUGGAUCCGCUGAAUGUAAAAGUUGUAAUACAACUUGUAAGAUGUGUGACAAAAAAACGGGUCUAUGCAUUUCAUGUGACCCCGGAUAUUCAUAUUAUGAUGGUGUGUGCACCCUUUGUUCGACUGGGUCUUAUUCUGAAAGUGGUACUGUGUGUUACUUAUGCCCUAAUGGCUUUUAUACUUCAAAGACGGGAAGUUCUAUAUGUAGUCAAUGUGAUGGUUCAUGUAAAACAUGUGAUAGAAUAGAUGGGCAUUGUACUUCAUGUUACGUUGGGAUGAUAACACAAAACGGGAUAUGUGUUUCGUGUGGAGUUGGGUAUAUCAGUUAUAACAAUUAUUGUUAUGGUUGCAGCACAGGGACAUACUCUUCAAACGAAAACAGCGACACGUGCUAUAAUUGUGACCCUGGUUACUAUACCGAUUCAGUUGCAAGUUCUGAGUGCAAACAAUGUUCUUCAACAUGUCGUACAUGUGACCCGACAACAGGUUCUUGCACAAAUUGUAUUACUAAUUAUUUCAUUCAAAAUGGCAAUUGCGUUACAUGUGAAGCUGGGUACAAAAUCAACACGAGAAAAAACAAAUGUGAUAUAUGUCCAGCAGGGUAUUACAGUCAAGCUAUGGCUACAAAGUGUAAAGACUGCGAUUCAAUGACUUGGUCAACUGAAGGUUCCGCCACAUGCACUCCUUGUAGUACAAAUUGUUCUUCGUGUUCUAAAUCAAAUGGUCACUGUACAUCAUGUAUAACUGGAUAUGGUUUUGCCAAAGAUAAUUAUAGAUGUGAACAAUGUCAAGCGGGGAACUAUGCCUAUUAUAGCAAUUGUAAAAUUUGUGACGAUUUGAAGUAUCAGAAUCUCAACGGUCAAACAACAUGCAAAUCGUGUGCUGAAGGGUGUAGCUCAUGUAACAAAACCACUGGCGUGUGUAUCAAUUGUAAAGCUGGAUAUGGCUAUUCCAAUGGUGAAUGUACUCCAUGUGGAGUACAACAAUACUCAACAGGUGGUACAUCUCAGUGUAUGGAAUGUCCUUCUGGAUGCACAAAUUGUAUUAAAGAAAGUGGUGUGUGUUCUGAGUGUGAGAAUGGGAUGAAAAAAGACUCGGGAGUGUGUAUUUCAUGUUCGAGCAAUGGCAAUUGUUCUUCGUGUACUUCAACGGUAUUUGAGUCUAACAGAAAGUGUGCAAUUUGUAAUAAUGGGUAUUACCUUGAUAAUAACAUGUGCAGUCUGUGUAACUCAAUUUCAAGUGAAUGUUUGGUGUGCUCGCAAACAUCCAAGGAAUGCACUUUAUGUAAAAAUGAAUAUAUUUCAACAGAAACUUCUUGUGUUUUGUGUGAACCUGGAGAAGUCAAAACUGGUACAAAAAGCUGUACAAAAUGCUAUGAAAAAAUUCAAAAUUGCGAAACUUGUGAUUAUAACGGAGGUAUUCAAAUAUGUACAUUAUGCUAUGCUCCUUAUGUGUUAAGUAAUGACAAACAAAGUUGUAUUGAUUCAAAUACAAAUAGCACGCAUUAUGAUGAAGAUAAACACAAUGCCAUUACAAACAUGAAUAAUUGUGUUAUUCAAAUUGGUGACAUUUGUUAUUUGUGCAAUGAAAAAAAUUCAGUUUUGAACAACAACAAAUGUAUUAAUAUUAUUGGAAAAUGCUUAGAAGUGUCUAUUAAAACGUGUGAUAUGUGUUUAAAUGGAGUGAUCACUUCAAAUGGGAAUUGUAAUUUAAAUGGAUGUGGGUAUCAAAUGAACACCAACGUGACAUCAUGUCUACAAUGUGCAAACCAGUAUUAUGGAGACUCAUGUGAGUCGCGAUUUGAAGGGUGUGCACUUUCAAAAAAUGGGAUAUGUGUUGAGACCAAAAUUGGGUAUUACAUCUCCGGUCUUUUAACACAGAGUUGUGGAAAUAGUGAUAUAUGCCUUUUGUCAACAAACAAUUCCGAAUUAUAUCAUAUAAAAUGCAAAAAUUCAUAUAUCCUAUCAUCAACAGGAGAGUGUAUACUUCCCACUGAAUGCAACAAAAUGUCAACAAAUGAGUGUAUAAAGUGUAAUGAAAAAUAUCACAUGGAAGACGGCAAUUGUGUUAAAAAUGACGAAGACUGUUCUAUUGAAAAUGGAAACAUCUGUGUUUUAUGUUCCAGUGGAAUGACGACGGGAGGGAAAUGUAAAGACAUAAAAGAAAUCAAUUGCAAAGUGUUUAAUGAAACGUGUAAAACAUGUAACGAUGGGUAUUACAAGAAUUUAGAUUCAUGUGAUUUAAUCGAAGAGAAGUAUCCAAAUUGUAAACAAAUAUCUCUUGUGACUUCCAAGUGUGUUGAAUGCGAAGAAGGUUAUUUCCAGUCAACAGGAAGUUGUGUUGAAAUUACACAACCGACUUUAACAGAAGAAAAUGUGACCACAUUCAAAUCAAAUGUAGAAGAAAAUUGUGAGACUAAAACCACAAAAGGAUGCACGCGGUGUAAUGAAGGGUUUUACUUAGAAAAUGGGACAUGUUACGCAUGCCAAUAUCCAUGCACUCAAUGUUCGACUCAGACAUAUUGUACUGCAUGUGAUGAGUAUUCGUACGACAAGAAUGGGCAAUGUUUUGAGAUUAACGACCUUCUUAAAGUGUGUCAAGUGAUGAUGUCGACAUACAGUGGAUGUGUGAUAUGCAAAGAUGGAUACCUUCGUUCAUCGGAUGGGAAGUCGUGUGAUAAGUGUGAUGAAUCAUGUCGCACAUGUGGCAAUGAUGGUACUUGUUUUGAGUGUUCUGAAGGGUAUUAUCGAACAAGUUUCAACUCCACCAAGCUCUGCAACAAUUAUAGUGAACUUCAGGGGUGCACAAAUAAGACUUCGAGUGGCUGUGCAUCAUGUGAAGAUGGAUUAUAUCUCUCCCAUGAUACAUGUCACUUAUGUAAUGAAUAUUGUGAAACAUGUUCAUCACUUUCAGAGUGUUUAUCGUGUAUUACAGACUAUGUUUUAUUAAAUGGGGAGUGUAUGCAUUUUUCAAAUAUAGUUAACUGCAUUUCAUCAUCUGAAGGAAGGUGUUCGGCGUGUGCAAAUGAUUUGCGACUCAAUGCUGAUGGUACUCUAUGUGAAAAAGUGACGAAUUAUGGGGUCAUCGUUGGAGUACCCAUUUCAAUUAUUGUUGUUAUUAUUGUUAUUAUUAUUAUGAUAAUAAUACUCGUUCUCGUUUUACAUCAACUGAAAAUCGAAAGCGACAAGAUGCAGAAUGUCUGCAUCUUCCAGAUGAAGCGUUCGAAUAUCGCAAUGAAAAUUCUUUCGGGAGACGUGUUGACAAAUAAGAGCGAACUGACAUUUUCGGAGAAUGGGGAGUUGAACAAAAUCGACACGGAAAGUCGCGAGUUGUUAUGUGUUGGAAACAAAGGAAAAGGGAGUUUAAAAGUACAAAUAACGAUAGCCGACAAUUGUGAUAAGUACACCAUUCGCACUACUCCACAAUUGAUUACAUUAAAGAGUGGGGAAGCGUGUGAGUUUGAAGUGUUUAUAGUGCCACUCUGCACUUCACAUUUAACAGAUAACAUUAUGAUCAUCACUUUAGACAUCGCCAGUGGUAACAAAACAACAUCAAAAUUCCCAAUCUCAAUUUCCACUGAAAAUUCGACCAAAUUGGAUUACGACGAGUUAAUCGACGAACGACAAAUUGGGGAAGGUUCCUUUGGGAUAGUGUAUAAAGGGAAGUACAGAGGAAACGAUGUGGCUAUUAAGAAGAUGAAAGAGGCAAAUUCACAGAAGGGGAAAUCGUUAGAUGAGUUUGAGAAGGAAGUGAAUAUGUUAGACAAAUUCCGGAGUGAUUAUAUCGUUCAUUUCUAUGGCGCUGUUUUCAUACCAACAAAGAUCUGUAUGGUCACUGAAUUUGCGAAAUAUGGCAGUUUACAAGACUUGAUGAGAGAGCAGAAGGACAACACAUAUAGUAAUCAACUGAAGCAAAAAAUCUGUUUGGACACAGCAAAGGGAAUUAAGUACUUGCACUCAAAUGACAUUUUACACAGAGACAUCAAGCCAGACAACAUCUUAAUUUUCUCAUUGGAAUUAAGUGUAUCGGUCAAUGCAAAAUUGACUGACUUCGGGUCUUCAAGAAAUGUCAAUAUGUUGAUGACGAACAUGACAUUCACUAAAGGAAUUGGUACUCCAGUGUAUAUGGCGCCCGAAAUCUUGAACCAAGAGAAAUACAAGAAGCCAGCAGAUAUGUACUCCCUUGCUAUUACAAUGUAUGAGAUAUUUACUUGGAACGAGGCAUAUCCUAAAGACCACUUCAAAUUCCCAUGGAAAAUCGCCGAAUUUGUGAGUAACGGAUAUCGCCCAAAAGUGAACUUGGUCAUCCCAUUAGCCAUAUUCAAUGUGAUUGACGGAUGUUGGGCACAAAACCCAGCUGAGAGGACGUCUAUCGACGAUGUUAUAAUCAAAUUACAAUGA